AUGUCAUCAUUUAAAUUUUCUCAAUUGGCUAAUAAGGUUGUCCCUACUUCUGAGUUAGUUUUAGAGGUAGCAAAAACCAAAUCUACUUCUGCUUUUUCAUCAACUAUUUUAUACGAAAAAGACGUUGACGCCAUGGCUAAUCGUGUACUUCCUCGCAUUAUGCAAUCAAGAACUAUUACAGGAGUUCCUAAGAACAUUGGAGAAAGACCACCAACACUUGAAGAGUUUGAUCCUCUUAAUCCAGGAAAAUGGCAAAUAGGAGUUGGUGGAAAAAUUCUACCAAGACUUCCAGAAGGAACUCGUGUUGGUAAAUUAGUUAUGGGAAAGUAUGGUUUGUAUAGUCCAGCAUCUCGUAAAAGUGCCGAAGCUUAUUCCGCUGGUCUUGAUGCCGGAAAAAUGUCUGAACAUGCAACUCCACGUGAUGAAAGAUAUUCUCGGAUUAUUAUGGUUUUAAGUAUUAUUUGUGGCUUUAUCUCUAUUUGGAAUGCUGCUACACUUAUUAGAGGAAAACCACUUCCACCAUAUCAAGAUCAUAAAGCUCCAGGCUCAAACUAG